AUGUUUGUACAGGUGAAAUAUAAGCAGGAGGGCAGCGACGCUCUGUAUCGGCAGCUGCCUGAAACCACCGAGACUCAGCUGGCCAAAGAGCUGAGAGGCGUUUACAGCCAGGUGAAGUAUAAAGAGGAGGGGAAGAAGGAGAUCAGCAAGAACUUGUACUCGCUCCUCCCGGAGACGGCGGAGACUCACUUCGCCAAGCAGCUGUCGGAGAUACAGAGUGAGACAAAGUAUAAGAAGGACAAAGAGGAUCUGCCCAACACUUUGUUCUCUCUGCUGCCCGAAACUCUGGAGACUCAGUUUGUCAAAGAGAUGGCCGAGACACACAGCGAG